UUUCUUUUUUUCUUGACCUUCUCACAUCCUCUUUUCUUCUGCUGCUGCUUCUCUUUCAUCGUCAGGUAAUAAGUCAAGACUUGGCAACAUAACCAUGGAGAUCUAUUUCAACAAGAAAAAUUUAAGCUUCAUUGGAUUCCCACAUCAAAGAAAACUUCCAAGCUUUCAGAAAGAGUUCUUACUUGAGAAUAAAGAACAACUUGCUAACCACAGAAGAGGACCCGAUGCUAAGCCGGUACCUGCACUUCCAAAAGUUGCAGAAUUAAGAAAGAUCUUUGAACCAAAGAAAAAAGAAUUUUUAGAAAUGAAAAGAAAAGAAAGAAUUGCCAGACGCUUGGAAGGAAUUGAAAAUGACACCCAGCCGGUCCUCUUGCAGAGCUGCACGGGGCUGGUGACACACCGCCUGCUGGAGGAGGACACGCCCAGAUACAUGCGCGCCUCCGACCCCGCGAGCCCCCACACCGGGCGAUCAAAUGAAGAGGAAGAAACUUCCGGCUCUUCUUUAGAAAAGCAAAGUCGGUCUAAAUACUGCACAGAAACCUCAGGCGUCCAUGGUGACUCGUCCUGUCGCCCAGGCAUCAUGGACCCCCACAGUCAGGAGUCCAAAGCCGAAAGGAUUGCAAGGUACAAAGCAGAGAGGAGGCGGCAGCUGGCGGAGAAGUACGGGAUAGCCCUGGACCCCGAGGAGGACUCUGAGUACUUGUCCCGGUACACCAAGUCCAGGAAGGACCCCGACGCUGUUGAGAAACGGGGAGGAAGAGCUGACCAGCAGGAAGAGUCGAGCACAGACUUGAGUUCUGCCUACUCCAGGCCUGAGACCGUGGGGCUCGGGACCUGUAUGGUCGAACCCGAGCACUACGUCCCGCCCCACAGGAGCGGCCUCACUGACAAGGAGGCUCCCCUAGAGGUGGAGAACCAAAGACGGGGGCAGGAGCUGAGUGCCCCCCGCCAAGCCCAGGACCCGACCCCAGCAGCUGAGAGCUCCACGUCCUUCUCAUUCCCCGGGCGAGGCUCCUCCUUCACUGAAGUGCCAAGGUCCCCAAAGCAAACCUACAGCCCCGCGCUUCAGCAGUCAGCGUCCCCAAGCCACUCCGUGGGGGACCCGGAGGCGCGAUCCAGUGCAGGGAAGGUCAAGCAUGAGUGGUUUCUGCAGAAAGACUCUGAAGGGGACACACCUUCGCUUAUCAACUGGCCCUCCAGAGUUAAAGUUAGAGAGAAACUGGUGAAAGAGGAGAGUGCACGCAGCAGCCCUGAACUUGCCUCCGAAUCCUUCCCUCAGAGGAGACACCAAACAGUCCAUUACCUGUCCUUUCAGUCAGAGAACUCGGCCUUCGAUAGGGUCCCGCGAAGAGCAGGGAGCUCCAGGCGGCAGGCCAGCCGUGCCUAUGUCCAGCCAGCAGAUCCUGUUCCCAUUGCCAAGCUGGUGACAGCGGAAACCCCAGAAAGUAUGUCCGAGUGCAGCUGGGUGGGCUCAGCCACCCCGAAUGUCAUAAAGCCUCCCACCCCGAAGGUUCUAGAAGGUGAAAGAAGGGAUGCCCCGGCCCUCCACAUCUGCGAACCAAAAGCAGAAGAUGUGCUCUUCCCCGACACUCCUGAGAAAGGCCUAGAAGCCCUGGUGACCUUGGAGGAUGAGGGGCCUGCGCGAAGCCAGGAAGAGCCCUCCGGGAAUGAAGACCUAGGUAAGGCCAGCAUCAGCUUAGAAGCUCAGAAGGAGCCACCAGCCCAGCACCCGCCCGCCAAGCGGAUGGGCCGGAGCGAAGUGGUGGUGUACGUUCAGAGUGAGCCUGUGCCCCAAGAGGCCACGUCCACGGAGCACAGGAAGGAAGCAGCCCCCAGGAAGCACAAGGUCCGCACCCGCUCGCUGUCUGACUACACGGGUCCCUCUCAGCUCCACGCCUGGAGGAGCAAGGACUCGGCCGAGCUGGAGAUGCAGGCGUCCAAAGCCGAAGGGCCCUGCGCGGAGCUCGGCAUGCUGGACACCAGGGUCUCUGUCGCCCAGCUCCGAAAUAUGUUUCUGGAGUCUGCCAGAGCCAACAAGAAACCCGACCUCCAAUCACGGGCUGAGCCGUCACCCAGAGGAGCUGGCUUGCCCACCGGUAUGGAGCGGGAGAGAGGGUCCCGGAAACCCAGACGCUAUUUCUCUCCUGGUGAAAAUAGGAAAACUUCUGAGAGAUUUAGAACUCAACCUAUAACCUCAGCAGAACGGAAGGAAUCAGAUAGAUACACUUCAAGUUCAGAAAUGCCAACCGCUGAGGAUGAAGAAAAGGUAGAUGAACGAGCCAAGCUGAGUGUUGCCGCCAAGAGGCUGCUCUUCAGGGAAAUGGAGAAAUCAUUCGAUGAACAGAAUGUCCCAAAGAGACGCUCCAGAAACGCCGCAGUGGAGCAGAGGCUGCGCCGCCUGCAGGACCGGUCUCACACCCAGCCCGUCACCACCCAGGAAGUGGUCAUUGCAGCCACUGAACCUAUCCCUGCUUCACGUUCUGGGGCCGCCCACCCUGUAAUGGCGAGACUUCCCAGUCCCACUGUAGCUAGGAGCUGUGUGCAGCCUGCCAGACUGCAGGCAUCUGCUCAUCAAAAAGCUUUAGCCAAGGACCAGGCAAAUGAGGGCAAAGAUUCCGCUGAACUAGGAGAACCUGAUUCCUCCAGUCUGAGCUUAGCAGAGAAGUUGGCCCUGUUUAACAAAUUGUCCCAGCCUGUCUCAAAAGCAAUUUGUACCCGAAACCGAAUCGACAUGAGACAGAGGAGGACAAAUGCCCGCUAUCAGACCCAGCCGGUCACGCUCGGCGAGGUGGAGCAGGUGCAAAGCGGGAAGCUCAUCCCUUUCUCGCCCACCGUGAGCACCUCUGUGUCCACGUCGUUCUCCACAGCCACCCCCAUGUACGCAGGGGAGCUUCGGACAAAGCCCCCCGCCGAGGACAAUGCAGGUGCCACUGACGCUAAGUUUCCUCCCCUGGUGGAAAAUUCAGACUCUCCAGUUAGAAGCAUUCUGAAGCCGCAGGCGUGGCCGCCUUUGGUGGAGGGGAGUGGGAGCAAAGGAAUGUCGAGGGAAUGUGCAGAGACGGAAGGCCAGGGCGCUGUGCUGGCCGGGGACAGUGGCGGCAAAACGCACAGGUCCUCAGAGGAAGCAGAGCCGUCCUCAGCGCCCCUGGGCCGAGCCAGGGAAGGAGACAGCCACCAGGAGCCCAGACACACCGUUUCCAGGAAAGGAAGCCUGGAGCUCGCCGCUGCCCCUGCUGCCCACCGUGGUGAUGAACUGAAGGAAUUUUUCAGGGGGAAAGGCAGUGCACAAGGAGGCCUGGGCGCGGAGGACGGGCCGCCCUUCGAAGACAAGGUGGACGCGGAGAAUGCCCCCAAAAGGAGGUUUUCGCUCAGAGCAGCAGAGUUUGGGGAGCCUGCCCCCGAGCAGGCUGGGACCGCCCCCACUGGGAAACCCAUUGCUCCAGCGGCAGCCCCCAGUUCCUGGAAGCAGCAGGAUUCCUCCGAGCAGCUACAGGAGAAGUACUGCAAGAGCCCGAGUGCCAUGUUUGCUACUGGAGAGGUCAAAGUGCCAACGGGAGAGGGCGUCCUUGACUCACCCAGCAAAACGAUGUCGAUUAAAGAGAGACUAGCACUGCUGAAGAAAAGCGGCGAGGAGGACUGGAAGAACAGGCUGAACCGAAAGCAGGAGUAUGGCAAAGCACCUGCCGCCAGCAGCCUGCAUGUCCAGGAAGUGGAACAGUCGCUUAAAAAGAAGGAAGAAGGAGGAUUUGCAGAUGAUAAUGCCGUGUCUAAUCUGCUUUGGGAACCUGUAUAUGCUUCUACUUAUUCUCCUGCUAUACCUGCUGCCCAUAAAUACCUGUCUUUUGUAUCUAUUAAUCAGCGGGUCACAGAAAGUCGAGAGAGCCAGAUGACGAUCGAGGAGCGGAAGCAUCUCAUUACCGUGAGGGAAGAGGCCUGGAAGACCAAGGGCAGAGGCGCCGCCAACGACUCCACCCAGUUCACUGUGGCGGGCAGAAUGGUGAAGAAAGGUUUGGCAUCACCCACGGCCAUAACUCCAGUAGCAUCCCCUCUUGGCAGCAAAUCGAGGGGCACUACACCAGUUUCCAAGCCCCUGGAAGACAUUGAAGCCAGACCGGACAUGCAGCUGGAAUCAGACCUGAAGUUGGACAGGCUAGAAACCUUUCUAAGAAGGCUGAAUAACAAAGUUGGAGAAACAGUACUCACUGUCACUGGCAAAUCUGUUAAGGAGGUGAUGAAGUUGGACGAUGACGAGACCUUUGCCAAAUUUUACCGCAGCAUGGAUUAUAACACACCAAGAAGUCCCGUGGAGCUGGACGAGGAUUUCGAUGUUAUUUUUGAUCCUUAUGCACCCAAAUUGACGUCCUCCGUAGCAGAGCACAAGCGUGCGGUUAGGCCCAAGCGCCGGGUGCAGGCUUCCAAAAACCCACUGAAGAUGCUGGCUGCGAGGGAGGACCUCCUUCAGGAGUACACAGAGCAGAGGCUGAAUGUCGCCUUCAUGGAGUCGAAGCGGAUGAAAGUGGAAAAGAUGUCCUCCAACUCCAACUUCUCAGAAGUAACUCUGGCAGGCUUAGCCAGUAAGGAGAACUUCAGCAACGUCAGCCUGCGGAGCGUCAACCUGACCGAGCAGAAUUCCAACAACAGCGCGGUGCCCUACAAGAAGCUGAUGUUGUUACAGGUUAAAGGGAGAAGACACGUGCAGACCCGGCUGGUGGAGCCACGCGCCUCGUCCCUCAACAGCGGGGACUGCUUCCUCCUGCUGUCCCCCCAGCACUGCUUCCUGUGGGUGGGAGAGUUCGCAAAUGUCAUCGAAAAGGCAAAGGCCUCAGAACUUGCAACUUUAAUUCAGACAAAAAGGGAACUUGGUUGUAGAGCUACCUACAUACAGACCAUCGAAGAAGGAAUUAAUACACACACUCACGCAGCCAAAGACUUCUGGAAGCUCCUGGGUGGCCAAACCAGUUACCAAUCGGCUGGUGACCCGAAGGAAGACGAGCUGUAUGAAGCAGCCAUCAUAGAGACAAACUGCAUUUACCGUUUGGUGGAUGACAAACUCGUCCCCGAUGACGACUACUGGGGCAAAAUUCCCAAGUGCUCCCUCCUGCAACCAAAAGAGGUCCUGGUGUUUGAUUUUGGUAGUGAAGUUUACGUGUGGCACGGGAAAGAAGUCACACUGGCCCAGCGGAAAAUCGCAUUCCAGCUGGCCAAGCACUUAUGGAAUGGAACCUUCGACUAUGAGAACUGUGACAUCAACCCACUGGAUCCUGGAGAGUGUAACCCGCUGAUUCCCAGGAAAGGACAAGGGCGGCCUGAUUGGGCAAUAUUUGGGAGACUUACAGAACACAAUGAGACUAUUUUGUUCAAAGAGAAAUUUCUUGACUGGACUGAACUGAAGCGACCUGCUGAGAGGAGUAGUGGGGAUCUUACUCCGCAGAAGGAAGACCCCAGGGCUGACGUCAAGCCCUAUGACGUGACGCGGAUGGUGCAGCUGCCCCAGGUGGUAGCCGGCACCAUCCUGGACGGGGUGAACAUUGGCCGCGGCUAUGGCCUGGUAGAAGGGGACGACAGGAGGCAGUUUGAGAUUGCCAGCAUCUCCGUGGACGUCUGGCACAUCCUGGAGUUUGACUACAGCCGGCUCCCGAAACAGAGCAUCGGGCAGUUCCAUGAGGGUGAUGCCUAUGUGGUCAAGUGGAAGUACAUGGUGAGCACUGCAGUGGGAAGCAGGCAGAGGGGAGAGCAUUCAAUCCGAGUGGCCGGCAAGGAGAAAUGCGUCUAUUUCUUCUGGCAAGGCCGGCACUCAACUGUGAGUGAGAAGGGAACCUCGGCCCUGAUGACGGUGGAGCUGGAUGAGGAGAGGGGCGCCCAGGUCCAGGUCCUGCAGGGGAAGGAGCCACCCUGCUUCCUCCAGUGUUUCCAGGGCGGGAUGGUGGUGCACUCUGGACGCCGAGAGGAGGAAGAGGAGAAUGCGCAGAGUGAGUGGAGGCUGUACUGUGUGCGAGGAGAAGUGCCGGUGGAAGGGAACUUGCUGGAGGUGGCCUGUCACUGCAGCAGCCUGAGGUCCAGGACCUCCAUGGUGGUCCUCAACGUGAACAAGGCCCUGAUUUACUUGUGGCAUGGAUGCAAAGCUCAGGCCCACACCAAGGAAGUGGGCAGGACCGCAGCCAACAAAAUCAAGGAACAGUGCCCCUUGGAAGCUGGACUGCACAGUAGCAGCAACGUGACAAUACACGAAUGUGAUGAAGGAUCUGAGCCCCUGGGGUUCUGGGACGCGUUAGGAAGAAGAGACAGGAAAGCCUACGACUGCAUGCUUCAAGAUCCUGGAAGUUUUAACUUCGCCCCGCGCCUGUUCAUCCUCAGCAGUUCAUCCGGGGACUUCUCAGCCACCGAGUUCGUGUACCCUGCCCGGGCGCCCUCCGUGGUCAGCUCGAUGCCGUUCUUACAGGAGGACCUGUACAGCGCCCCGCAGCCAGCGCUCUUUCUCGUGGACAAUCACCACGAGGUGUACCUGUGGCAAGGCUGGUGGCCCAUUGAGAACAAGAUCACCGGCUCCGCCCGCAUCCGCUGGGCCUCGGACCGGAAGAGUGCCAUGGAGACCGUGCUCCAGUACUGCAGAGGGAAGAACCUCAAGAAGCCCCCGCCCAAGUCUUACCUUAUCCAUGCCGGUCUGGAGCCCCUGACCUUCACCAACAUGUUUCCCAGCUGGGAGCACAGAGAGGACGUCGCUGAGAUCACAGAAAUGGACACGGAGGCGUCCAAUCAGAUCACCCUGGUGGAAGACGUCUUAGCCAAGCUUUGUAAGACCGUCUACCCGCUGGCCGAUCUGCUCGCAAGGCCGCUACCAGAAGGCGUGGAUCCUCUAAAGCUUGAGAUUUAUCUCACUGAUGAAGACUUCGAGUUUGCACUAGACAUGACUCGGGACGAGUACAGCACGCUGCCUGCCUGGAAGCAGGUGAACCUCAAGAAAGCAAAAGGCCUCUUCUGAGCCGGACAGACGCCGCGGCCCGCUGCAGGCGCUGCAGUACCAGCACCACUGCACCAGAAAUCAUGACCUCCCGGACUCUGUUUCUGUUUUAAAGUAUUCUUACAUCGAGUGUUUUCCAAACCUGACCUUGUGAACGACACUACUUGUCCCGGAGUUGUGUAUUUUGUAAAUGUUUAAGAGAACUCUCCGGAAACUUGCUUUCCACAGUUCUGCUGGUGAUGUCAAUAAAGGUCUCUGUCAUGUACUCUUCAGCAGUGAUUCCUCAGCAGCCACCAGAGCCUGCCCUUUCGUUCCAGCUAGGCAUUGCCUUUGUAUUUUUCCUUUUUUGAAGCAGUUCUCUUUAUAAAGUGUUAUUUUGAUAGUUUGUAGAUUCUAAAAUAUAUAUAUUUAUAUAAACACCAUAUAAAUCAAAUAUGUAUCUAACAAAGCAAUAUGUAUUCAUCCACUUUUAAAUUUUUUCUGUUUUGAUGUCAAAAGGUUGUCACAAGGUCGUGGGCAUGGCUUCUGUUGGAUCAGGUCUGCCCCCACCUGUAGCUUUAUACACGUUCAGAAGCUUCCUUCUGACUUAGGCCUGACUUGUUCUGAGUGCUGCUUCCGGUGCUAAAAUGAACAAAGAACUUGUACUCACUGGUGUGGACUCUGAAGACUCUAUGCGAAUCAACCUUUCUACCUUAAUCUCUCCCAAAAAAUGUAUAGUGCCUUGUUUUUAUGUACAGUUUAUAUACGGAAACGUUUGCUCUGCGUUUUUGAUGCUGGCGUAGAACAUUGCCUACAGUUUUACUCUCAAAUAAUAGGAAUAAAAACAUCUCAAUUUGUAAAACCAGUUGUAAACAUUACACGUCAUUUUGUGACCUAGGACUCCAAAAUAAAAACUUCAGAAUAAUCACCACAA